UUGGGAGGCAUUCGGACAGUCGUUUUCAACGCAGGCAGAUGGUUUUGAUCUUGAUGUUUUAGUUGGCGUUAUCAAAAAUGUCAGCACUGAUUGUGAGAAUAGAUGGAUUUUUGUGUGAAGGAACCAUUUCUGUGUAAAGCAAAUAUUUGAAUUUGGUGGAAGGCUUCCUUUUGGAAUAUCGUGCAGCUUUGGGUUUUUACUCUACAAACUUUACAUUUGUCUUGUAACUUUUUACCAUUAUUCUGAAAAAGUAGGACCAAGAAAGGCUGGACAUUCUGUUGGCUUUUAUCGUGAAACAACUAGUAGUAUUACUUUACAUUGUAAUACUGUCCAGUAUUGGAACCAUUUGCCAAACAGCCAAUUGGUAUUCAUGACAGAAUGAUUUCCUAUGUGGAGUGUUUGGGUGGAGAGGGGGUGGGGCCUGGGGUGGCAUCUCGCUGCUGGAAUUUGGUGCCCGAUGAGGAACAAGAUGAGCUCCUUCCACGCAAGAUGGCCGCCCUCCAGCCCAAGACAGAGGGGAGUCUCCGGCGACGGCUGCUGAGCGCUAAAAUCCAUCAGCACCAUGAAGCAAUUUGGAGGAGUAAUGCAGGUAGCACUGGCUGGCCACCCUCAGGUGACAAAAGCCUCCCCUCACCUCAUCCUCAAUAUCCCAGCCCUUGGUUCUAUGCCCAGCAGUGCUCCCCACGACCCCAAAUCCACACAGAGACUGAUGGGAAACUGUUCUUAACCUCAGAAGUUCAUGGAAAACAAGCUCUGCAAUCCCAUCAGGUGCCUCGCCCUGCCCUCACCCAGUGGCGAAGGACAAGCUCCUGCCCUCCCACCCCAGAGCCUCGCCCUGGCUACACUCGUCCAGGCCCCUCACCUGAACUAACGUCGCCUUUCAGGAAGUCAGAGGUGCCGCCGCAGUACCACUACCGUCCUAGCAAGAGGCACAAGAACAAGUUUUUCUGCUUUAAAAAGCAGCUGCAUUGCUCCGGGCAGGAAGCCACGCCCCUUUUACACAGAGCACGGGAUGGGGACAAGUGGUCUGUUCACUACACUACCCAGAAUCCCCAGCAAGGUCUGCUCUUCAUCGCUGGAAAAAGGCAAUCUGGUCGCGCAGAGGACUUGCAAGUACAUUGCGGACUGACGCAGCAUGGAGGCAGCAGACCGACCACCUCACUGCUCUGCACCCCAAGCCCUGACUCGUGCUCAUCCUCUGGAAACCACCAAUCAGACAGCAGCGUGCACAGACACUGGCGGGACAAAAGCAGGAAGCUGAGAGCCACAUUCUGGGACUUUCUCUCUCAGUCGUGCUUUUCUGUUUGUUUCAACUUGUCUGUUUGGAGAAGAAAGUCCUCAGUGUCCUCGGAUGAAGAGGAAACCAUUAUUGUCAACAACACGCGACCUUUGACCCCACUCAUCCUCAACCCUGUUGAUCUCGCCACCUGUUGGGAUGCCUUCACUUGUGAACUGGAACCUGGAAUGAAGACGGAGGCGACCGCCCGACUCCCAACCCCAGAGGAGAGGAUGAGGCAGCAGGCAGAGGCCAUCACUGCCGAAAUAGUUCCGAUCAACAUAACAGGUGAGAAUUUUGAUCGCCAGGCCAGCUUCCGAAAAGUCGCUUCCAACACUGAUUCCUUAGUCCGCCGCUCUCGGAACUCAAGCUGCCGCAAGACAGUAACCAGCACCCCUCUCGAUGUCAUCCAAAAACAAGACUUGCCUGUUGGUCAGUUCUCCACAGACGCUCCACUUGGCUCCUCCCUCUGCCAACAGGAAGAAGAGGAGAUAGUCAGGAAGAAGAGAGAGUCACUGGCGAGGAAGAUCCGAGCUCCAAAAGGGCAGGGGAUAUCCAGUCUCAUGGCGUCCCUUACCUUGCCACAUCCCCACUCCUAUCAUGACCUCACCCCCUCCUCUGAGGUCCAUAGUCUCCCCUGCAUGGCCACCAGCUCCUCCCUGGACUCAGAAGCCAGCUACAACAGCGUCUCCUACAGACCACUGAGCGCCUCCUCUUCCUGUUCCCAGGGUUUGCCUACAGACCUUCAGCCCUUGCUACCCUUUGGUCCCACCACAAGGGUCAUACCUCAGUCUCUUUCCUCCCCUGCCUCUCCAUCACAUCUCAGCACCCUUGGCAGUCCCCAGAAAUAUGAGAGGUCUUCCCCCAGUGAUCAGGAUGGCCAGUUUCAAGAUGCAGCCCACCACCGCUCCCCUUCCUCCUCCAUUUCAGAUGCAGUGUUUCAGGAUGGCAAAAUGGCCCUGUCUCUCUGCAGCAGCCACUGUUCCUACCAUGGGGAACCGAGCAUACCAGCUGGUGGCAAAUGGAGCACCAUCAACCAGGAGACAAGGCCAGUUUCCCAGGUCUUCUCUGGUUGCUCCUCCGCCUGUAACAUUGAUGCCAACUCCGUGUGCUCUGAGGACGUGACCUCAUCUUCCUUUCAGACUCGAAGCAGAUCAUCCAGUACUUCCUCCUGUCGCAGUGUCUCCCUUCGCAAGUCCAAGCGUCCACCUCCCCCACCUUUGCGAUGCGACUCCCUCAGGCGCCGAACUGGCCGCAGCAAGUCAUCCUGUUCAUCAUCCGGCCCCCGUCUGGAGCACAGCUCCCCCUCAUCGCCACUGACCUUCCAUGACCCCUGGGUGCCGCGGAAUCGCACCAAACGCCGUCAGAGUGGGCUUCACAGUGGCACGGUCACGACCUUUGAACCAUUAAGUGUAGACCACCAGGCAGCUUCAUCAAGCCCCGACCCCGCCCCCAGCUUCAUCACCCCUAGUUCUCCUGUCUCUAAAAAGGAGGAGCUAAGCUUUUGUGUCAUCGCCAGUCCAGCUGCUGCUUCCAUGGCAAGCGUUCAGCAUCUCACUUCCCCCUCUAGUGGUUACUCCAGCCAGUCCAACACCCCCCUGUCAGGCACUCCCAUUUCCUCCCCCGUCACAGCAAGCCCUGGAGCCUUCUCUCUUCCUCAAGCCUUCCCCUUCUCCCCCCAUGCACCCACCCUCCCCCUGUCUCCCAAGAGGUCAAAACCCCACCCACCAGAGAGGAAGUCAUCUCUCUCCCUUUCCUCCUUUUCCUCCACCUCCUCCCUGUCAUCCUGUACCUCCUCCGAUUCCUCUGCCAAGUACAUUCACGCCCCUGCUCGCUUUCUUCCCACUCCGCCUCCUCUACCACCUUUAGCUCUUCCUCCUCCUCCUCCUCCUCCUCCUCUUCCUCUACAAACUUCUUCUCUUCCUCCUUGUCCCCCUCCUCUACCAUCUUCACCACAUCCUGCUCCUCCUUCUUUCCCAUCUUUAUCCCAUUCUCUUCUUCACCCACUUUCAUCUCAUUCUCAUUCCACUCUCUUUCCUUCAUCCCGUUCCCCUUCCCUCUCAGCUUCAUCACUUCCUCAACCUCCCCUAAUUACUCUACCUACACUUCUUCCACCUCCUCCCCCUCUCCCUCUUCACUUGGCCUCCCGACCCCCUCCUCCUCCCUACUCCCAUGCAGUCAAGCAGUCCUCCCAUCAUGCUGUGCUAGCAAAGACCCACUCUCCUCCUCUUCCUCCUCCUAUCCCACACCCACUUAAUGGGUGGUCCCCUCCAGCAGGCCUUGGUACAGCCCCAAACUGCUUUGUGAAAGGGUUAAAUUUACCCCUGUGCCCACCCAUCACAUCACAGGAUUUGCAGAGCGUCAAGCUUCGCUCCAUUACAAACCAGGAAGUUCCACACCAAGCCAGUACAACCCUUGCUGACACCCAACUUAUCUUCUUGCCAAGCAGCCAUGCUAAUGCAGAUAACAGCAGUCAUAGUAAACGGCUUGAUGUAAAAUCAGAGGCAGCUGUUUGUAGCCCAGCCUGCACAGAUUCAAAGCAGCAGCAACCUGGAAUAUUGCUAUAUCCUGAAGUAGUGUCCAUGGAUGAGUCUGUUGAUACUCAUCUCCACACUGCAAGCCAAGUUGAUCAGAUGAUAACAAAACAUAAAAAGCAUCAGGAGGGAGAUGCCAAAACAGCCUGUGAUGUAACACAGCAUCCACGUGAGGCCGUGAGCUUGAAGAAGAAGCCUGUUCUUCCAAAGAAGCCGGAUCUUAGUAUUCUUAAGGUAACGGCGUCCCCAGAGUCCAAAGUGAGGCUGAUAUCUGAUUUUGUGACAGGGAACCUCACCGCAUGCACCACUGUGGACAAAAUGACAGAUAGACCUGAUGUUAUUACGCUGUCACCCUUUGGUUCUCCUCUUAUUCAACACAGGAAGCCAGAUCUCGCAUCCCCCAAAAAGGCACAAACACAUGAAUCAUGUAAAUGCUCUUUGCAGACUGUUGGUCCCAUGGGGACCAUUAAUACCACAGAAUGUGCCACUGGACCCACUGAUAACAUGUUCCACAGUGACACCUGGCCAAGCUAUGAGAGCUGCCAGGCCUCACCAUCCUCCACAACCAUUGACGCUCUGCACUCCACUGAUGGCACCAUAGAGCCAUGGUUCACUUUUGAGACGUUAAACAUUUGUAGCACUGUAGCAGCCCAAACCAGUGCAGGGACACCAUGUCGGCGAGAAGUGGACAUACAAUGUCAUGGAAAGUUGAUGAGGUUCUCACCAUUAGAUAAUGAAGAAGAUGAGGAACAGAGACAAACACAACAAAAUGCCCCAAAAAGUGACAAAUCAAGAAGGAAGAGGAAGACUGCAAGUAGAUGCCUGUUAAUGACAUCAGUUAGGAUUUCCUCCUCCUCUUCUUCCUGUUCAUCAUCGUCUUCAUCCUCAGACGAAGAGGUGGAAUCACAGACGCUAACCAGGGAGAGGAAGUCCUGUACACUGACUGCACAGAGAACCUGCACCCUUAGCAGUGUGCUGCCCAGUGACAACCUGCAGGGGGCACUAUCACUGCGUGACCUCCUUAUAGAAGAGCCACAGGACAAAGGCGAGAGUGCAGCCAAGAUGAUGGAUGCCAGCAGACGUUCUGAUGCCAAGUCAGCAAGUCACUUGACUCCAAGUGGACCACGAACAACUGAGGACCUCUUCACUGUCAUCCACAGGUCAAAACAGAAAGUGUUUGGAAGAAGAAGCUGUCUGAUGACCUCAGCCGACCACCGACCUCGACCAACACCGCAAGCGUUGAACUUUGCAACCAUUAAAAGUCAGAGAUCAUCAAGAAGCGAGAGCUUCAAGGCACUACUGCUGAGGAAAGGGAGUCACAUGCACUCAUCCUCCCGAAUAUCAGCUGUGGAGCGUCUUCGUGUAGUCACUGUUCCCACUGUUCAAACUGCACACUUGUUGGAAACCUUGUGUAUGGCCAAUGCUCACCAGACUCAUGAUGUACCGCUGUCACCAGCAUGCUCAAAUGUGCCCGUUUCCUUAGCGAUGAGGCCAAAAGUGUCACACAUGCCACUUUUCCCCUCACCUGUCUUCCUCUCUUCUUCCUCUGCCAUGCCACCUCCCUGCUCAGCCAAUCGGCGUUUGUCUGCUCACUGCCGCCAUUUUUCUACUCCCAUGACUCCCAUCUUUGAGAGGGAAGGAGAGGAAGAUGGUGGUCUCCUGAUGGCGAAUCACGUAUGACGCUGUAGGAAACACAAACAUUAAUGUGGUCUCGUCUGCAGGCCGCUAAACCUCACAAUCAUGUGAUUCGACUGAUCAUAUUUAGAUUUCUUCUGUCUUUGUAAUGUCCACUUGGACAAGAGAGCAGUGUCUGAGCAUCAUCAUUAGUGGUCAUGGUUGAAGUGAUGCUGCUAUAGUGUAAUGUAAUGUAAUAUACUGCAGACUCUGAUGUGUAAACAACUCUGCUUUGUGUUUAUUAUGUUGCUUUUCCUUAGUAGCCAGUAGCACAAAUUAAAUCAGGGUGGAACCUGUAUCUUAGUAGCAAUAAAUAUGCAUUUACUCAAGUAUUAAAUGGCAAUAUAUAUGAUAUAUGGUGGUGAAGAAGGCAAUGCAAAACCAAAAAAAAGGUAGAGGUGUUUCUCCCUAUACAUUUUACAUGAUAAAAAUGUCACGGCACAUUACCAAACAACAAUGUUGUAUGAAUGGCAACAAGUGCAUACACAGAUUAAUUAUGUAUCUUCUGCAAUCCAAAAAAGCAUUUAAUUGUUCUACCUGUCACUAUAAAGUGGUUGGGAAUCACUGCUAUACACGACCAAGCACACUAGCAGGCCCUGCACAUAGAAGCAUGAAAAAUGGAGUGACCAAACAAUUUUGGGAAUUUGACUGUAUUAAGUGCAUGUAAACAUUCUGACUGACAUCAUCAGUUGUUAACUAGCCACAGGGCCUGCAAGCCAAAUCCUGCUUAGGGCCCCCAGAUGUCCACAACCAUUGCUGGUUAAAGCAGUGAUCCCCAACCCCCGGGCCCGGUGCCAGGCCGCAGGUCAUUUGGUACCGGGCCUCACAAAAAGAAAAAAAUUAUUUCCAUGAUGUUUUAUUUUGAAAAGUGUCCGGAUUCUCUCUGUUACAUCCGUCUCACUUGACGCAUGUCCAUUGUGCGUGUGCUAACUUUUGCUCUACUGCUGCUGUAUUUUUAGCAUUUUUCUUUCACCUCAUAUUUGGUCUCAAAUGCUGAUACUAUGUGGGAAUGCAUAAAGGUAAGUUUUGAUGACUUAUUGAGUGCUAAUGUGCACAUUUGUCUCAAGUUAAUUCAUGCUAGCACACUGCCUUUUACCACACCUGUCAAACAGCGAUGUAAUAAUCUCUCUGGUGGAUGGUGGGUCGGCAUUAAUUUUGUGCUUUUAAUGUGAUGUUGUUCAUGUCUUAGUUUUACACUACAUAGUAAGAUAAAUUAGAUCGCUAUAAUGUACGACACAAACUGAAUGUACAUUGUUUUGCAUCUGGUCUUAAAUUAUUCUGUACCGUUGAACCUAUUUUUGCUUUUAGUUUGUUUCUCUGCAUUUUUUGUUGAAUUAACAAACAUUUGAGGCAUCUUUGGUAAUAAAUAUUACAAAGUCUAGAGAGUGUAGUACAACUUAUCAGUGACUUACAUUUAUCCCAUAAAACAUUUAAUUAAAUUGUUAUUUUGCCAUGAUAUUUCAGUGUUUCCCCUUGAUUUACAGCUAUG